AUGAAACCCUCCUCAAUUCAGAAGGAGGAGAACGAUGUAAGUUCGGAUAAUAUGGUUGCUGUUGAAAUAAAUGAUGGUUAUGUUCCAGAAUAUCUCAUGAAUCUCGAUAAAGUUAACCAUAAAGACGAUAUUAUCAUGUUCUUACUGUUUCUAUCUUUUAUAAUAGUUAAUAUAUUAGUUGGAAUUCUUGCUCCAUCAACAACAAACACACUUUCAAAGUCGUAUCCUGUUAUUGUUGAUUCACAUGAUUCAUAUUCGAUUUAUUCGAUGGGAAUAGAAUCGAUUUCGCCAAUGAAUUCAUAUAUUAAAAUGCGAGUAGGAUACAGAUCAGAAGGUUUUACUAAUAAAUCAGCAAAAGUUCUCCUUAACGUUUCAAUGAAAUACACAAAUCCGAAAUCCGACCAUACAAAGAGAGCAUUCAAGAGUUCGAAUGUUACUUUUUCAACACUUCCUGAACAAUAUAACACCAACUGGCAUCUAAUUUAUUUCGAAAGAAUUGUCGAUUUUACACAAGUCACUGCCGAAAUAGUUGUUUCAGGAUCUGAGCUCGGAUUCAAUACAUUCGUAUGCGAAGCCAUCAUAUGCUCUUAUUCUGACUCUCUUGUACAGAUUUGGAUAAGAAUUGUUUAUUCAAUCGUUUUAUUCGUCGUUUUGAGGACAUUUAAUGCGAAAUUAAAGACAGUAGAUGUCAGACAUGAGCAAUCACUAUCAUCUGGCCUUUUAUUUACUACGAUUUUCUUAAAUGAUCCAGCAGUUAUCGCAAAUUACAUCAGACCUACACUCGGAGUUACAGUUUUUGAUUCAAUCAUGAGGUCGUUUUACACAGGCUACUUGGCACUCUUUGUUUUCGUUGUUUUGGGCCACUGCGGCAUCAAAGAGAAAAUGAUGGGUGAUUUCAUCACAAAUCGUUUAUCAAUAGCUGCUGUAGUUGGUCUAGUAACAAUAACAAGAGAGUUUUUGCUUGAUUUGGCUCAAAUUUAUAACCCAAUGAUGCAAAUCGUGAAUGCUGAUUAUUAUUUGAAAAUUGUAGAGUAUAUAAUACUGGCAGGUUGCGCAGUUGGCAUUGUAAUAGAAACUGUUCGUUCUUCGCGAAGAAUUGACGAAAUUGAGAAAUUCAGACUUGUCAUUUACGUCAUCGCUUCAUCGUUAGCUUUAUUUAUUUUGACAUCAGUUAUGGGCUUGAUUGGUGAAAAAACUACUCUUAAAUUCCUUGCAACGUUUGGAUCUGCAAAUGCUCUUGCAUUUGCAAUGACUUAUGCUCACUAUCCAUUCAGUAUCGAUAAUAUUGAAUAUAAGGAUGCUAAAAAUGCUGAUAUUGCUUCGUUAUCAGAUAAUGAAAAUGUUGGGUUGUUGGAUAACGAAAAUGAGCAUGAAUUCCUUGGAAAGGAAGAGACAGAACUUAAUGUUGAAGAUAUAGAAGCUCAAAACAAUGUUCCUGAAGAGGAGGAAAAAUAA